CCCCCUGGGUGGCAGCUCGCGACAUGCCAGCAGCCGCCCCGCUCCGCCCGCACUCCUGCGCUGAGAGCUCCAGCGGAGCGGGACACCACAAAAAGCAUCUCCCCAGACACGCAUUUGCCUAUCCGAUAUUGCCGUGUAGCGAUGUGUGUGCGGCCAGAGCAUUCCUGCUCUGUUCCCACGCGCGGUAUUCCCUGAUGUUCCUCUGUCGAUCCAUGCACGGAGUACAUCAUAUCAACUGUGCGUUCAUACAAAAAAAAAAUUCAUUAAACCGAACGGCAGCUUCACCGUUUCUAGGAAGAGCGAGAAAAUCUUGCGCUUCGUGCUUAAAGCUCCCACAGCAGCCCGGGGGAUGCAUCGCCUUUGCUUCCGUCCACCCAACCCUAUCGCUCAGAACGGUCCUGGGCGAUAAAGCAGAGCCGAGAAAAUCCCUUCCCAGCGCCUGAACCGGGCGGUGCGGUGGUGCACCCACCCCGGCUUCCUCCAGCGCUCAGUACUGACAUCGGCUGAUGGUAAUUGUAGGGAUAUAACUUGUUCAAAACCUCCAUUGUAGGGAAACAAAAUAAUAAAUUUACUCAUUUUACUAUUAGUAGUAUUAUCUCGGUUGUUAAUACGCAUUUCCGAAAACUCACCGGAUUUCUUUUUUUUUUUUUUGGCGGGGUGGAAUUUUUAAUUAUAUUAUUUCCUCCCCCCUCCCCCCCCCCCCCUUCUUCCUCCAUCUCUCGUGUUUUUCUCGGCCAGUAAGCCGAAGAGCGGUGCGGGUGGGAGCGCUGCCCGCGGCCGCGGCCGGGUCUGCGCAGCGCGGAUCCUGUCCGCGAUGAAAGAUAGAGGGGAAGGAGUGGGUGGAAGAAAGAAAAAGGAGAACACUUUUUCACCAUCGCCCUCCGAGAAAGGACAGAAAGGGGAAGAAAUAAAAGGGAGAAAAAAGACUUACCGAGCGUGAAACCGGGGCUGCGCUACGGAAAAGGGAACAGAGGAGGAAGGAGAGAAGGGAGCGGCUUUGGGUCCCAUCCAACCGGGGGGGGGGGGGGACACGGACACCCCGCACCCCUCGCCCCGCCCGGCCCCGCGCCGCGGUAGUGCCGCGCACUUUGGGGAAUGUGUCGGGGGGUGGGGGGGGGAAGAGGUCGCCGCUGGGACUUGCGGAGCCGGUUUUGAUCUUUCUCAGCAUUUUUUUUCUUUUUUUUUCUUUUUUUUUUUUUUUCUUAAACUCCUGCAGUGUCCCGGGGCAGUCGCCCUCCUCUCAGCUUCAAAGAUACGGAGGGGGGGGAGGAGGCGAAAGAAAAGUCCCACUCUCUCUCUCCUCCCCAGUUCUAAUUCUUCGAAUUUCUGUGCUUUCGCAGAGCAAGGUUUUUCCCCUUCUCACCCCCCCCCCCCCCCCCCCAGCAUUGUCUUUCUUUCUUUCUCUCUCUCUUUCUUUUUUUCUUUUCGCUGAAAAAAGCGUAUGUGUGUGUAGGGGGUUGAAUGUUGCGCGAAGGGAUUAAAAAUCGCACCCGCUGUCAUCAGGCGCUGAUCUGUGCUCUCGCUGUAUUUGCAUUGCCCGGCACUGCUUUGUGUGUGCGCGUGUGUUUGUGCUUUCCUUCCCUAUCUUCGCGAAAGGGAGAGAAAUGAAUUAUCAGAAGAGGACGGAAACAGAGAGAUAGACGCGAUUUUUAAACAGAAGUGAGAGAGAGCAGCCACCCCCUGGGGCUGAGUUCGGAGCGGAGGGAUGGGCUGACAUGGGAUGGGGUGCGCUGAAUGGAAGGAGGCAGAAACGCCGUUCUCUGACAUUCUAUUAUUGCUAAUAUCAUUAUUACUACAUUAUUUAUUAAUUCCGCUGACUUGAGCUUCGGUUUUCCCGAUAGAGAGAGGGAAGAGGUUGGCGAGAAUUGGGGGAAGAGAUCGUAAUUCCUGAUUCAUGAAAAGGAAUCAUCAUCGUCAUAAAAUAAAAAGGGAGAAAAAGAGAAAUAUUCCCUCCUCUCCCCGUCUUUGUCCAACCCGGGAUUAUUGCACAGGAGACCGCAGCGUUCACUCCGCAUCCCGGGAGGGGUCGGUGCACACCGGGGGGAAAGGGGGGGAGGGGGGGGUGCAGCGCUGCUCCCUCCCCCGUCCCCUUUUUGCCUUCGGUAGAGCACAAGUUGUUAUACAGCGGGCAAAAAUCUUUGGGAGUUCUGCCCUGGGCCGUGUCCUCUCCGUAACCCUCCGAUUCGUAGCUCCCGGCUGUUUGUACAGCUUUACCUGUACUAUUCUGGUACCCUGUAAAAACCCCAGCCCGGCGAACGUAACUUAAUCCGCUUUCAGUCAAUUGUCGUCUAAAAGGGGGCUGGGGGCUUGAGGAGGGGGGGGAGAGAGGAGGGGGCUUUUUGGCUGUCCCCGCCCCGAGCAGAGGCAGCGGAACCCACGGCGGUGCCAAUGGUGGGCACGGGGCUCUCCGGGACCAGAACGCAGCCCCGAUAUCUACAGUAACAGCAAGGCUUGGGGUGAUCCCCAAGGGGGGGUGGGGGGAUUACGUCUUUUGGAUGGUCACUUGCAGGGGAGAGGUUAAAGUGGGUCGUCCCACUUUGUCUCUGAGUUUUUCCUCUUCUUUUUCUUCUUUUCUCAUUUUGUGACUUUCAAACGCUUCCACCAAACCCAUUCUGACCCCUCAGUGCCAGGACUCGCCUCAUUCCCCCCAUCCCGCAAUCCGUCUCUCCAGUUGAAGAGAUGCUGCCCGCAGUUCCCCCUCACAGCCCCCCCCCCCCCCCCGCUGCAGAAUUAACCCCCGAGCCUUUAUCUGGCGGCUGGUGGCGAUCGUGGGGCUAAUUGCUCCAACAAUGGGCUCCUAUUAGCGCCGGGCUGUCACUGGAAACCCUGCUGGGGGCUGCAGGAGGAGGGGGGGCGAGGUGAUGGAUCUGCAGCCACAGCCUGGGAAAAGGACGGUCAAGGCCAGUGCUCCUUCCAUCAAGCCUGGGGAUAGCGAAUUAACCGGUCGGGGUGGCAGGGUGGGGGGGUGGAAAAUACGACUUUGCUCUCAUUUCUUAUUUUUGAAGGUGGGCUGUUUUUGCCCUCCCCACCACUGCUCUCUCCCGGCUAAGAAAGGUAUAGAAAAAAAUCGGAGUAGAAACACAGGGGCAGAUGGAGAAAAGUUGAUUUAAAGUUGGUGUCCUCCCCAGAUCGGGGCUGUGGCGAUGCCGUAGGCUCUCGGUGUGCCACCCCCCGUCCGUCCCGUCGGGGCCUUCAGCACUGCUCCCCUCCUUUCCCAACACUGACCACACCACACACUGUGGACUUUCCCUCCUCUCCCCUUAAAAAAAAAAAACAAAAAAAAAAAACAAUAAUAAUUGCUAUUUGAUUGAAUUACAUUUUAUCAUAUUCUAUUUUAAAAUAUUGCAUUUCCCCCCCAUUGCUUUUUACUCAUUCUAUUUUGCAUUAAGCGUUCGUCGUCCUCCGAAUAGCUGAAGGAUGGCGACUUCGCAGUCCUUCCCCUACUCCCGGACAGAGGCAGUGGCACGUUUUCUCUAUUCCUUAGCGAUUUUGUGACCUCUAGAGGGAAUUUCCCCUCUGUGCUCCCACCGCUGUAGGUCCCAGAGCUGUAACAAGGGCAGUAGAGCAGGGGAGGGGUGAAGUGGUGGUGGGGGGGUCUUUCGACUCACCUGCCCCGAGCUCAGCACUAAGACAUCCUCCGCUCAGUGUGUUAAAAGGAAUUUGUUUAAAAUGACGUUUUCAGGGUGCUGGAGAGCAAAUCUUAUCCACAGGGAUGGCUUAGGGUCAGGGAAAACGUAGGGAACAGGGAUAAAGGGAGCACUUCAACGUCCGUAAUACACAUUUAGAGCUGAAUUGGGAAGGCGGAAAGUUUGUGCUAACAAAUGAUUUGCAAGUGAGGCGUUCUACCCCCCCCCCCUCCCCACUUCACCCUCGCUACUUUCCUGCUCCUCUCCUGCUCUCCUAAUGGGCUACUGGGAACGCUGCCCGUCUCCCCCAGCUCGGCUCCGGCGGUAUCUGCUCGGCCGAGCUGCAAGGGGGGAUUGGUCCUGGCAGCCCGGGGUGUUCAUCCGCCAACCCCCGUCCACUUGGUAUCAUCACCCAGAUGCCCUCUCCCCGCUUAUCCCCACGGGGCGCGUUUUCCCAUGGCUGGGCUGCGUGCUUGGUUCCUUUUCCCCGCAUUUGUUUCUGCCCCCGAAUUAUAGUAGUAUAUACAGCAAAUAAGAUUUUUAACGCCCUAAUUAAGAAAAACGAUAUUUCUGUGUACCAUCUCUAAAGUCGAGUGGGUGGCCUCAGCCCCGCUCUCAGCGGGGGUGUAAAAACGCGUUUGAAAAUCGGCGCAAGGACCCGGCGCAACUGCUGCAGGCUGCGUCCGUCGGGGAGCGGGCAGCGAUUUCCGUCGGCUCACAGAGCGGAGCAGCGGGGAGCGGGGGGUGCGCGGGAGGCGCUGCGGAACCGCGGCUUUUAAUGCCCCCCCCCUGCAUGAAAGUGCUGAGAGGCGCUUCCUCCGACAGCCGGGUAGAGUCUGGCGUGCUGCUGCGCGGGGAGACAGCACGCUCAGAGCGGCCCUGUGAUCAAAGAAGAGAAACAUCUGCAAAAAGAGCGGAAGAUACAGAGAGGAUCCCACUUCGUAGAGAUUUUUUUUUUUUUCCCUGAAUUUGUUUUUCCCUUUUUUUCCCCCCUUUAGUAUAUUCUCUUAUUUUUCUUUUUUCCUUUUUUCCUUUUUUUUUUUUUUUUUUUUAAAUUUUUGGAACCGAUCAUUUCUCACCACCACCCCCCUCUUCCCUCCGAUUACAAACCAACCUAACCCCAACCUCGCCGAAGCUCUUUCCCCACCCCGACUCUGCACAGCCAUCCCCCCCUCCCGUCGCCAGCCUCGCUGAGGAGGAGGAGGAGGAGGAGGUGGAAGAGCAGCGAGCGCGGAAGAUGGAGGUCUCCACGGACCAACCGCGGUGGGUGAGCCACCACCACCCGGCCGUGCUCAAUGGGCAGCACCCGGACUCCCACCACCCCACUCUUGGCCAUACCUACAUGGACCCCACGCAGUAUCCUCUCGCCGAGGAAGUGGAUGUACUUUUUAAUAUCGACGGACAAGGCAACCCCGUGCCUCCGUAUUACGGCAACUCCGUGCGAGCCACCGUGCAGCGGUACCCCACGGCCCAUCACGGCAGCCAGGUGUGCCGGCCCCCUCUGCUGCAUGGUUCACUGCCGUGGCUGGACGGGAGCAAAGCGCUGAGCAGCCACCACAGCGCUUCCCCUUGGAACCUCAGCCCUUUUUCCAAGACCUCCAUCCAUCACAGCUCGCCGGGACCCCUCUCCGUUUACCCGCCUGCUUCUUCCUCCACUUUAUCCGCCGGUCACUCCAGCCCGCACCUUUUCACCUUCCCACCGACCCCUCCUAAAGAUGUGUCCCCGGAUCCGUCCAUCUCCACUCCUGGCUCCACCGGCUCCACCCGGCAGGAUGAGAAGGAAUGCAUCAAAUAUCAGGUGUCCCUGGCUGACACCAUGAAGCUGGAGUCGUCUCACUCUAGGAGCAGCAUGGCCUCGUUAGGAGGAGCCACCUCCUCUGCUCAUCACCCCAUCACUACUUACCCACCGUAUGUCCCCGAAUAUAGCUCUGGACUUUUUCCCCCCAGCAGCCUCUUAGGAGGAUCGCCUACCGGGUUCGGGUGCAAAUCACGACCAAAAGCGCGGUCGAGCACAGAAGGCAGGGAGUGUGUAAAUUGUGGGGCUACCUCAACCCCUCUGUGGAGAAGAGACGGCACCGGGCACUACUUGUGUAACGCCUGUGGACUCUAUCACAAAAUGAAUGGGCAGAACCGACCCCUGAUUAAACCCAAGAGAAGGCUGUCUGCAGCCAGGAGGGCGGGCACGUCCUGUGCUAACUGUCAGACCACCACCACCACCCUGUGGAGGAGAAAUGCCAACGGCGAUCCUGUCUGUAAUGCCUGUGGGCUCUACUACAAGCUGCACAAUAUUAACAGACCCCUGACUAUGAAGAAAGAAGGAAUUCAGACCAGAAACCGAAAAAUGUCUAGCAAAUCCAAAAAGUGCAAAAAGGUCCAUGACAACCUUGAAGACUUUCCCAAGAGCAGCUCCUUUAACCCCGCCGCCCUCUCCAGACACAUGUCCUCUAUCAGCCACAUUUCACCCUUCAGUCACUCCAGCCACAUGCUGACUACACCGACACCGAUGCAUCCUCCAUCCAGCCUCUCCUUUGGACCUCACCAUCCCUCCAGCAUGGUCACUGCCAUGGGUUAGUGAGAGACUCCCCUGCUGAAUGCUUACGGUCUCAAAAUGAGAUUUACUUUAUAUACUUGCAUUUUUGCAGGCGUGUGGUUAUGGGUCUGAUGUCCCAAAUCAAAUGGGAGGGGGAAAAAGAAAAAAAAAAGAAUAAAAAGAAUAAAAAUAAAAAUGUUAUUUGAAGGCGUAAGAGCAAAAAAAAAAUAAUAAAAAAAGAAAAAAACUACAAAAAGCACAAAAAAGGAAAAAAAAAAGAAAAAAAGAAAAAAAGAAAAAAAAAGUUUUAAAAAAGUGAUGUUUGCCACUUUUUAAAGGAACUCACUAUGGCAUCUAUGUAUUCUUACCCACUGAAUCUGGAUACCAUUUGUGAAUAAGCCAUUCAGAACUCGCAUUCCCUAUUGGACAGGAUCUCUAGUGCUGUGAAAAAAAUAAAGUAAAAUAAAAAAUGCUGAACAUUGCAUAUAACUUAUAUUGUAAGAAAUACUGUACAUUUGAGGAAGACUUUAUUGCAUCUGGAGAGCUGCGAAGAAAAAGGCAUGAAGGACUCUGAGAGAUUUUUUUUUAAAGGAAAAGAAAAAAAAAGACGACGGGAGGACAAUUUAAAAACCAGAAAAACAAACAAUGCAGACCAAGAGGAAACGCGGUCUUAAUGAACAAAUGGACCAACUGCCAGUCAUGUCUUCUCCUUUUAUUUUAUUUUAAUUUUCUUUUGUUUUGUUUUUGUUUUGUUUCUUUUUUCAUUUCUGGGAGAGGGGAGGGGGCUGGCUAGAACGGUUUUGAUGCAUUAACUAACUAACUAACUAAAUAACUAAAUAAAUAAAACCUGUAGGGAGAUCAUUCAUUUUGGGCCAUGGGCCCUUUACAUAGGAAGUACCAAUGGUGUCAGGCAAUCAGUGUUAACAUGCGGACAUUGCCAACAAGGGGUUUUUGGAUAGCCAUUCUCCAGGUCUAUACGCAUUGUGAACAAGUUCCUGUAAUUGUUGUUUGUAUGUAUAAUUCAACGCACCAAAAUAAGAAAGAUGUAGAUUUAUUUCAUCCUAUUAUACAGACUGAAUGGUUGUACAAAUUUAUUUACUGCUAGUGAUAAGACCUGCUUUUUUUUUGUUUUGUUUUCAUAUUUUUUCCUCCUUUUUUUUUUUUUUUUUUUUUUUGAGAAUAAACUAGAUUCAAUUCUGUUGACUUAAAAGUGUUUUGUGCUUGGGGGUGGGAAAGGGAAUGUUUUUCUCUCUUCAUUAAUUUUAUUUUUUGAAUUUGAUUUGAUCGUACUUCUUGCAUAGUUUCCAUGGGUGUGGGGACGUGUGUCUUUUUUCACUCCUGCUAAUGGGUAACUCAGUACUUAUGGUGGCUUGACAAAAACAAACAAAAAAACAAACAAAAAAAAACCCACCCUGAAACAAAAACAAACAAAAAAAAAUAUCAAGACAAAAGAAGAAAAUCAGCACCUCCAAAUAAAUGGACUGUCAGUGUGACCCUACUGUCUCCUGUAGGUCUUCAUCUUCCCUCGUGGAAUGGGUCCCUUUUGGUCUCAAUUCACUGUGGCUACCAUGGUGACACCCCUGUGUCAAGGAAUGGUUUGGAACUGGGAGAAAGUGCAAAGAAACGGCAGGGUAGUUGUGAUGCUGGCUACUUUUGGAGUAGUGUUAGGAAAGGCCUUAAGACUUUGGAAGGGAGACACUGGGUACUCACUGGUGUAAUCUGGUGUUCUAAAGUCAAGUUCUUGAGGUGACACUGUGAUAGACCAAACCCUGUGCUGGCAGGAAUAAGAACUUGUUAUAAAAGGAUGGAUUUGAUGGUAGACAGAGGACAAUUCCCAAAAUUCAAAAGCCACCAGCUAGUCUUUCUGUGAAAGAUUUCUUCAUAAUAAUACAGGUUAUAUUACUAUUAUUGUUAAUAGAAAUGCUUGGCUCUUAUGGAUUGAUUUCCGAUAGUUUAAUCCUCAGGAGUCAGUUCUUCUUUUAGUCUUUGGUAUUUACUCAUCCAGCUUCUUUAAACCAUCAUAAGAGCUAGCCAUUUACUAUACAAAUGAAGGGUUAAAUUUCUUAUUGUCUCAAUCCCUUUGCUGGAGACUUGAGGAUGAUGUGAUAAGAGGAUGCCAAGGCUGUGAGAAAAUGAUAAAACAGGACAAACCAACCAACAAGCCAAAACAGAAAAAAAAAAGCCCCAACAAAAUAACAACUCCUCCAAAUUAAAAACCUCAACAUAUAUGACUUGCAAAUAACGUUGUAUCUUUCAGAUGGUAUUUGGAACCCCUUUGUUCUUGAGACAGAAUCUGUUAAGGGUACCGGUGUCAUGGGAUCAUCUUUGCAGGCGUAAGGCUGUUUCACAUGAGAAAAGGGAGCUUUGAAACUUUUCAAGAUGAUUAUACAUGGGGUCCAAUAUUCAUUUGAUUUGGGAGAGCUGUAGGAAUGGGAGGGAAUUUACCCUUAUUUAGUCUUUUUCUCCUCUGUUUCAAAAUGAACCUAGUUAAAAUACCUCUACCACAAAGGAGGAUUUAGCAGAUGUAAGCGGAACAGGCAGUAAUCGUUUUGUAAUGUUGUAUAUCCUUUCCUUUUGACUCUGUUGACAAAAAUGUGUAAAAAACAGUCAGAACAAAUGGCACACAUUUCAAAUCUUGUGUUAAUCACCUUUCUGCUUUCUCAAGGAAUAUUUUAAACAUAAAGACUAAAUGUUGAAAUAAAGCACAGUGAAGAAUUACCGAGAUGCAAAUGGA